AUGAACAAUUCCAAAAAGCAGCUAUUAGUGAAGGAAUUUCAUACUCCAGCGAAAAGAAAUUUUCCGAAAAGAAUACAACUAGCAAAGACAUCGUACUAUCGUACUAUCGUACUGCGGCCCAUCAACGUUACUUCUGCGAUUGCCGAAAAACUUUUAUCCACUGUGUACAGUCGCAUAAAAAUUGCUGCACCCGCGCGAUUUAAAGUGAAUGAAUCGGUACGCGUGAGCAAAUUUAAGACCAUUUUUAAUAAAGAUUAUACACCGAAUUGGACUACGGAGAUAUUUACAAUUGCCAAAGUGCAGAGAACUAAUCCCAUUACUUAUUUAUUAAAGAAUUCCUGUAGAAAACACAUUGCUGGCGGAUUUUACGAAUAUGAACUGCAACGAGUAGCUAAUCCUGACUUGUAUUUUGUUGAAAAAAUUUUACACAAAAGGGGGAAUGAGGUUUAUGUGAAAUAG